ACUAGGUGCUAGUGUUCACGAACGGGACCCUGAACCCCUCGGGAUAAAGAAAACGUAGAAGACGGAGAGACUAUCAUAAAAGCUGGGGCCGAAGAGACCCUUGCCACCCUCUAUCCAUUGCGCGAACAAAUGGGAGAGACCGGUGAACCGACCGAUCGGACGGUCAUCUGCGUAGGAGACAUCCAUGGCUUCUUCUCCAAGCUCCAGCUCCUCUGGUCCAACCUUGAGGACGCCGUCGGCGCCGCCGCCUUCGAGGCGGCGCUCGUCAUCUUUCUAGGUGAUUACUGUGACCGCGGUCCGGACACCCACCAGGUGAUCGAUUUCCUCCUCUCCCUUCCCUCCCGCUACCCGCGCCAGCGCCACGUCUUCCUCUGCGGCAACCACGACUUCGCCUUCGCCGCCUUCGUCGGCGCACUUCCCCCGCCGCCGGACGGCUCGCCGUUUUCCGCCACGUGGGCGGAGUACGGGAAUAGCGAGGAGGGGGAGGGGUGGUUCAAGGGGGAGGGCUACGAGGCGAUGCACGUACAGGGAAGGCGGUGGGGUGGGAGCGUGGGGGGCCGCUGGAACCCUAAGAAGGGCAUGGCCUACAAGGGAUCCAUCUAUGAUGCCGGCCCGACUUUCGAAUCCUAUGGCGUCCCCAAUGGAUCGGCGGAUUUGGUUAAAGCAGUCCCUGAUAAUCACAAGAAGUUUCUUGCAGACUUGGUUUGGGUUCAUGAGGAGGACAAUGUUUUAAUUGACACUUCUGAGGGAAGGAUCUGCUGCAAACUAAUAGCUGUUCACGCUGGCUUGGACAAAUCCAAAGGGGUCGAUGAGCAGCUAAAACUUCUAAGAGCCAGGGACACAAGCCUGCCAAAGGUGGAAGAUCUUAGUGGGAGGCAUAAUGUGUGGGAAAUACCACAGGAGCUGUCUGAAAAGCCAACCAUAGUGGUGAGUGGUCACCAUGGGAAACUCCAUGUUGAAGGCCGUCGGUUCAUUAUUGAUGAAUGUGGUGGCUUAGAAGACUUACCAAUUGCUGCUAUAAUAUUUCCUUCCACAAUGAUAGUCCGCGAUACAGAUAAAUUUGCAGCCCAGCACUAAGUUUAUGUCAAGCAGGUUUUCAGAUUCAGCAUGUACCCAUAGCUAUGCAGGUUACUUGAGGACAAGUGAAUACCUUGCAUGCUCCGAGAGCCAAAAUUAAAACAGGAGGGUGGCUGUGUUACUGUGGGAUUGCAUAUGAGUUCUUUUAGCAAUACUUAAAUUUGACUUAUGAUCUUUCAGCAAGCCUGCUUCAUAAGCUUCAAAGCAUGAGGACAAAUGGCUGUCAGCACCGAUGCUGUUGUCAAAGGCAUUCAAGCUUUCUUGGAUUCGGUGAGGGUUAAUGAUACUGUUACAAAAUAGGCAUCAAGCAUCUAUUCUCAGUUAAAAUAAGAGCAUUUGUGGUCCAUCUAUAGUUCAUCAACUCUGAACAAAAGCUUUGUAGUGGUUCGUCCAUAGUAUCCUGUCCGCUACAAGCCUGCAAAGGCCUUGGAAGCUUGGGCUUUUCAACUAUGUGUGUAAUUGCAGAUUUGCGUAACCUUCCUUUUAAUAUAUGUAGUUAAUUUUGAUACUUAGAUUUAGCGAAAGCUUUUACUCAA